AAGUUAGCUAUCCAGUCAUCAGAAACGAGAGUCAGGAUUGCAGAGACAGAAUUUGUCUUCUACAAAUGUUCAGCUUUUUCUGGCUGUAUGGAAUGUGUUGACAAUCAUUUUGAAUGUGAAUGGUGUGUCUUUGACAACGUUUGUCACAGCAAAACAGAGGAAUGUGCAUCAUCUCAACUUGGUAGAGUGACUGGACCCGAGACAUGUCCUCAUAUCUUGAAUAAUACAGAGGUUCUGAUACCUGUUGGUGUUGAGCAAAGCUUCAAAGUACAAGCAGCUAAUUUACCUGGUGAUGAGAAUUUACCUGGUGGAAGGCCUAUUUCCUACAAGUGUGUGUUAGACUAUGAAGGAAGGGAAGUUUCUGUACCAGCUACAAGACUUAGUAACAGCCUUUUAGAAUGUCACUCUGAAUCUUACACAUUCCAGACAGAAGUAGACCAACUUUCUGUGGUUCUCAGUGUGCAGUGGAAUGACAUCAUACGCAUUGAUAACCCUUCUCAAUUCUCAGUGAUUCUCUACAAGUGCGAUGUUGAGAGGCCUAACUGUGGUGUAUGUAUCAGUGCUGAUGCUAAGUACCAAUGUGGCUGGUGUGAAAGCACCCAACAAUGUUCUAUUGAUGAUCAAUGUAGUAAUUGGUAUUCAGGAGGAGAUCUCUGCCCGACCCCAAGAGUUACCAGUUUCAGCCCAAGAGCUGGACCUGUAGAAGGUCAGACUAACCUGACUAUUAGAGGGAUCAAUCUUGGUCAAACUGCUUCUAAUAUUCAUAACAUAACAGUAGCUGGACAUCCAUGUGAUCCAUACCCAGAGACAUAUAUCACAGCUACAGAGAUUGUAUGCAUGACUCAAGGAGUAUCAAAUCCAUUGAGUGGUCCAAUCAUCGUUAGACUAGCAAGUGAGAACAAGACUGAAGAAGGGCAUUCAGAACAAGACUUCAGAUUUGUGGUACCUAAGAUCAUAUCUCAUAGACCAAUCCUUGGACCAGCAUCAGGUGGUACUAGAGUAACCAUCACUGGACAUGAUCUAGAUGCUGCUAGCUCUAUCAAAGCUGUGGUAGCUGAUCAUGAUUGUACUGUGGUCAGUAUAUCUCAAGAUUCUAUAGUGUGUGUGACAUCGCCUGCUCUACCUGGUGAUCAUGGAUACGUUGGAAUGAGAUUUGAUGGUCGUUAUGUUGAGGGUACUUUGCAGUUCACAUACAAUCCUGAUCCUACUAUUCUUAGCAUCAAAAGAUUCAGAUCAAUUAAAAGUGGUGGUGUACCAGUACGAGUGGAAGGUACCAACCUCAAUGUGAUACAAAAUCCACAGAUGAUCUUUAGACUACCGGAUAAAAACUUCACAGUUAACUGCACUGUGAGCAGUCCAGAGACAAUGUUCUGCCCAACCCCUAACAUGUCAGCCAGUAGUGUACCUCUACCAUAUGAAACUCGUCAAGGUCAAUAUGGUUUGAUCUUGGAUGGUGUCAAGAACUUCACCAGCCUUGAAGGUCUACCAGGUGUCCAACCAUUUGAGUUUGUCUCUGAUCCAUACUAUCAGAAGUUUCACGAAGCAGAUCAUAUCAAGAAACUUUCCUAUGGACAACCUAAGCUCCUUACUAUCUUGGGAGAGAAUCUAACUUUAGCAUAUGAGGAGAAGGAUGUAGAAGUGUUGAUUGGUGAUUUCCGAUGUCAGAAGAUUCUCUUGGCUGCAUCUAAGCUAUCAUGUGACCUACCGGAUGAACAACCACAAAGCACUAAUGGAGAUCUCUACCCAACUGUCUUGGUUCGUCAUGGUAACCUUGAAUUCUAUGUUGGUAAGCUUCAUUAUGAACCAAAGGAAAUACCUUGGAUACUGAUCAUUGGUGUAGCGGCAGGUUCUCUUCUCGCAAUCAUCAUCUUCAUGAUGACUCUGGUGGUAUACUGUCGUAAAGCUAAUGCCAAUGAACGUCUGGUGAAACAGCUUGAACAACAGAGAGAUACGCUAGAAAUGAAAGUAGCCAAGGAGUGCAAAGAAGCAUUUGCUGAGUUACAGACCAGUGUGAAUACAGUUACCAGUGAUCUUGGUUGUGGAAUACCCUUUCAUAGUUAUCAUAUCUAUGCUAUGAAGACAAUGUUUCCUGAUCAACCAAACCAUCCAGUCCUCAGAGAACUACCACUUCCGAGGGAUCAUAAGACAAAUUCUGAACGUGGUUUACAGAUGUUUGGUCAGCUGAUUGAUAACAAGACAUUCCUUCUGUGCUUGAUACAAACCCUUGAAGAGCAAAGAACAUUCAAUUUGAGGGAUGUGAGUGCAGUAGCAUCACUUCUCAUGGUGGUUCUUCAAUCUAAGAUGGACUAUGCUACAGAUAUUAUGAAGGUCUUACUAGAAAGACUCAUUGAAAAACAUCUAGAGAAAGACAGAGCAAGGCUACUCAUGAGAAGGAAUGAGUCUGUAGCAGAGAAGAUGGUUAGCAACUGGUUAUCUUUCCUCCUCUAUAACUUCCUAGUAGACAGUGCUGGGGAGCCACUAUUUACACUCUUCUAUGGUAUCAAACAGCAAGUUGAGAUGGGACCAAUAGACUCUAUCACUGGAGAGGCUAGAUAUGGACUCAGUGAAGUCAAAAUUAUCAGACAAACUAUUGAAAAUAAAACAUUGACCAUAUAUGCCAUGGGGCUUGACAAAGAUGCAGACCCACAACAGGUCAAAGUUCAUACAUGUGACUCAAUAUCCCAGGUCAAAGAGAAGAUUUUAGACUCCAUCUACAGGACCACACCUUACAGUCACAGACCUCCUAAAGAGGAACUAGAUCUUGAAUGGAGAUGUGGUUUAUCAGGGAGGAAGAUUCUACCAGAAGAUAAUGGUAUCAUUGAUGGAGAGUGGAAGAGGUUAACCAUGCUAUCAGAUGAGCAGGUACGAGAUGGAGAUACGAUAGCUUUAGUACCAAAGCAAGGCUUCACCAUGUCUGCCUUCACAUCACCUACUACAGGAAGAUAUACGGCAAGUCCUUGCCGAUCAACCACUCCAAUGCUAGGGUCAUCAGAUGUAGAGAAUGGUGUGAAGCUAUGGCAUCUAGUCAAACAGAGUGAUCAUGAUAAUAUGAAAGGAAAUGAGAAGGAUCACAAGAUGAUGGCUGAAAUAUAUCUACCAAGAUUACUUACGACCAAGGUCACAUUACAGAAGUUUGUAGAUGAUCUCUUUGAGACGAUAUUUAGUGUUAACUACCGUAGUAACACCCUCCCUCGUGCCAUUAAAUACCUGUUUGAUUUCUUUGAUGACCAAGCUAAGCAACAUGGUAUCACCAAUCCUGAGGUUGUACAUUCAUGGAAGAGUAACAGCCUUCCUUUAAGGUUCUGGGUUAACCUGAUUAAGAACCCACAGCAUAUCUUUGACAUCUAUAAAUCAGACACAGUAGAUGCCUGUUUGUCCAUUGUUGGUCAGUGUCUAAUGGAUGCUUGCUCUGUAUCUGAACACCAACUCACCAAAGACUCACCAUCUAGUAAAUUACUCUAUGCCAAGGAUAUCCCCAAGUACAAGGAGUGGGUUGCAAGGUACUAUGAUGACAUCAAGAACAUGCCACCAAUCAGUGAUCAAGAUAUGAACGCUGUGUUAGCAGAGCAUUCCAACAGUCACCAGUAUGACUUUCACAAACUAUCUGCUCUCAAUGAACUCUAUCACACCUAUGCCAAGAAGUAUGGUGAACAAAUUUCGGAAUCAUUACAGAGGGACGAGUUUGGUCAAAAGUACAAGCUGGCAGAAAAGUUUGAGCAUGUUGAACAGCUAAUGAUUGACAGUGAAUCAAAUCAUACCAUAUGAUGAUGAUAUUCAGGACAAUCUUAACAUGGUCUUGUUGCAAUAUAUAUAUAUUUUUAAGAUAUGAUGGAGUUUGAUGUUAGCCUUGGAGGAUAAUGGAUGAUGUCAUUGGAUGGUUGAUGAGCAUCUUUUUGAAAUGGGAUAUUUUCAAGGACAUUAUUGUGGACCAUCAACCAUGGAUUUCUUGUUUCAUUUGUCUUAUGUUGAUAAGAAGCUUGCCUUUUAAUUGUAAUCAUGGAGAUGUAAUAUGGAUGACUUGGAUUAGAUGCAACUGAUUUGAAUAUCAGGUCUGUUUGGUCUGACGAACGACAGGGAUUCAAGUUAGAUGAAAAAUGUUAUGAUUGUACUUGAAGAAAUAUUGAUUUAAUUUGUGAUGUGUGCAUGGGACAUUACCUUUGAGCUGUCUUGUUAAGAAUUUCAUGUGCCAUGCAUUUCACGGGACUUGUUGCCUGUUAUGACACAAUGCGUUCAUUGUGCAGUUAUUUUAACAUUUGUACAGAAGUACCUGUAUCUCAUUGUGGUUAUAAAACUUUGUGACAUUAUUUAUUGUGCCUGAGUCGAGAAAGAUAUUUACAGCAUAAAAAGAAUAUAAUUUGUCUAUUAUAAAUGCUGUUUUUAAGUGUGUUAUGAGAUUUUACUGCAAAGCAAAUUAAUGCAUUAUUAAUGUACUCCAAAUUACUAUGUGAGAAGUCUACUUUUAAGGAAGCAGAAGAUUAACUUAAUAUUGAUUAUUUCAAAUUGUUCAUCUGGAUUAUAUUGUUUAAUUAUAGUUAUUUCUAUUUGCAGUUUUAUAACUUCAGAAAACUAGUUAUUUAAUUGAUAUGGUCAGAUUUCUGACUUUGGCCCCUAUUUAUACUCUUUCUUUCAAUGUUCCGCAGUAUAAUUACAAAUUUUCUCAUUAUGUUAACUUCUCUGCGGAUUUAUUUAGCUCUAGCAAGAUAAGAUUCAGAAGAGUGUGAUAAAAUCAUACUUAUUUUUACAUUGUUAAAUUUCUCAACGGUGCUCUUUGUUUAUGGAUCUGAAAUAUCUAUUGACUCUAUCAAACUUUCAGUGCUCUUCUAAUAGUAUGGAUUUACAUAUGCAAUUUUAUGUUUUCUCAUUUUGUUUUCUUUUAAUUCAUGUCUUUUUUUAAAGCUAGAUCAAAAUAGAACAAAAGAAAUUGUGUUGUGUUAUUUAAGUUGUUUUUUCAUCAGUCAUUCGUGAUUGUUACUCUCCCCAUUAUAAAAUACCAAAUUUGAUAAUUCAGUUGCCUCAUUUAUUCUCAAUAUAUUCUUUCUUUUCUUUUUUUAUGUGCUUACAAAUUUACAAUCUCAAAUAUCAUCUUCUUUAGUGUAUGCGUUUUCAAUUUUGCUCUUCAUCUAAAAAAAGAUGAUUAGAAUUAAUCUAUCUAUCUAUCCAAAUUAUGUAUUAGCAAAAUGAAAUCAUGUUACCUUUACUGGGGUGUGAAAGAAUGUUAGCUGCCUUCACAGUGAUAAACUUGGGAAAGUUUAUACUGAACCAAAGUAUUGAAAUAAAAAGCAAAUAUUCUGUUAAGAUAGCAUGAAUAAUAUGAACAAGACCAGGACAAUUUAAUUGAGUGUAAUGAAAAGAAUGUCAAAGUAAGGAUUUUAUUGACAAUUAUUGAAAAACUAGUGAUAUCUUCACAUGUCUUUAUAAAUGUAUACCAGACUUUGAUCAGCAAAUCUUAGAGUAUGUAUGCUGUUGUAUAAAUGUCAAAUUAUAAAAUAUUUGAGAGAAUUAUUUGACAAGACUUUUAUUGAUUUCUUUAUUUGUAUAAUAGAAGGCCUUGGCUGAGGAAAAGCAACAAAACUAUAUUACAUAUAUAAAAUAAGUAUUCAUCCCAUCCUGUAGUCAUAUGUCAAAUUUUCAUCAAGAAUUUGUCAUCUGCUGAUAUCUUAAAUUCAUAGAUGCCAGGAAAUGUGAGAAAUAUUUGUUAAAUGAAAAAAUAUCAUUUUCAUUGAUAUGAAUUGAAGAGGUUCAAUUGUUUACCAAAUGACUUACAAACGAUGGCACAUAAUAAGUCAGUUUCCUUGUUUUUAACAUCAUAUUCAAAUAUUAAUUAGAAGGUUGUUAAGUUUUGCAUUUUGCCAUUUAUAUUACAAUGAGAAAAGGGAAUUCACAUUUUUUUACUUCUUUGGUAUAUAACCAGUUUUGACACUGAUUUUUAUCACACAACACAUUUCAUCAUGUUUCUUAAUUAUUCCCUUUUAUGUAGAUGUAUCUUAAAUGCAGCUUUCUUAAUUUAAAUAAAGUGCAUUAUUUAUAUCAUGUAUAGCAAACUUCUGGUGCAAACCUUGAUUUGUAUUCUGUAUAACCAAUACAGGCUAGUUUUCAAUGUGCCCUUUUACCAAAGCUUUUGAAUUACUUAAAAGAAGUAAAAAGUAUGAUCAAUUAAGAUAUGAUUAGUAUCAAUUCAGUGAUUGUAAGAUAUUGUAAUAUGGUCAGUCAUAUUCCAUUAACAGUGAAUUGGAGCAUGACAUUUCUUUACUUGUUGCAAUGGUGUUUUAAUUUCUUUUCAAAGCUUUAUUUGAUUCUCGCUAUUGAGAACACUAUCACAUUUUUGGAGCAAGAUUAUUCCAUUAUUUAUAGAGAGAAACUCUAUAUUCUGCUGCAUAUGAUAUUUUAUUACAUUGUACGUUCAAAUACGGUGACCCCCAAACAUUGUAAUUUUAAAUUUGUAUUUAAUUUUGAAUAAAACUCAUUUCUCAAAAUCAUCAGUAAGUUUUUAAACUUUUAAUAUUCCUAGUAAAUAUCAGAGUAUAAAUGGAUGUUAUAUCUGUAUAAAUGUAUGUUUUUUAAUUGUAUUUUUGUGGAACCUCAGAAUAUUGAAACUGAGGAGCCCUACGGAAAAUCUGUAAAUGAUUCAAUGAAUAAAAGAAAUGUUUUCAUAUCAAAAUUAA